AGAGACACCAGUCCGAGUUGGCUGAUCCGAGGCAACCAAACACACCGACUGGCAUCCGCGCUGGAGCCGAGCGAGGAGCCGCGUUCACUGCGUCCGGCCCGCGUCCCGCUCCGCUGCGUCCCCGUGCACGACAGGAUGAACGCGUUCAGGAGCUUUGGACACUUUGGACAGCAGCGCGCGCUGGAAAACAGGAUUUAGUGGAGAAGUUGGCUCUCGGCAGCGGCGGUGCCCGAGCUGAGACUCUGCUGACAGCCGUGAGGAGGAUCCGAGACUCUGUGUCGCCGAGCUGCUCCGUGACGCGCGAGGACGGAUUUUAACAAGUUCUCUGGGUUUUUAUAAAGUUUACAGGAAAAUUACGGCUGAUUUUUUUUUCUUCUUUGUGCUCGGUGGAAUCUGACAUACUGAGGCUUACUGUGGGGACGGAAUACUCUGGGUCAGCGGCGGGGAGUUGUUGGAUAGUUUCUUGCGGCGUGGAGGCCGCCGUUCUGCUGGACAGCAUGCGAACGGAGGAUGUUGUCUGAGUCUGAGUCGGGCCUCCCUGCUCUGCGUCUCACCUCGUCGUCCAGAGGAAUGACGGCUCUGUGGUGCUCACUCUGGCUUUUCUUCCUCCUGCCUCUCUGCGUCGCUCCGGCCAGGCUGCCCACCGCUCAGCCCACAGACUCUGUGUCCAGCGAGACAGCCUUCCUGGAGGACUAUGUCCUGGGCAUGGGGGACACCCUGGAAAUGUCAUGUGACCUGGAGGACCACUCGGAGCCUGUCGUCUGGUUCAAAGACGGCGCCGGGCUGGUGCCUAGCAACCGCACACGGCUGGGCCAGAGGAUGUUGUGCAUCAUCAACGUGUCGUACGAGGACUCGGGCAUCUACUCGUGUCGGCUCGCCCACAGCAACACGCUGCUUGGCAACUACACCAUCAGGGUGACAGAUUCUCUGUCGUCUGGUGAUGAUGAAGAUUAUGAUGAAGAUCCAGAAGAUGCAGGUAAUGGAAAUGAGGCUCCAUACUGGACCAGGCCUGACCGGAUGGACAAGAAGCUUCUGGCCGUUCCUGCUGCCAACACCGUCAAGUUCCGCUGCGCUGCGUCCGGAAACCCGACGCCGACCAUCCACUGGCUGAAGAACGGCAAAGAGUUCAAGGGAGAGCAGAGGAUGGGAGGCAUCAAGCUGAGACACCAGCAGUGGAGUCUGGUGAUGGAGAGCGCCGUGCCAUCAGACCGGGGGAACUACACCUGUGUGGUGCAGAACAAGUACGGCGCCAUCUCCCACACCUACCAGCUGGAUGUUCUGGAGCGCUCCCCCCACAGGCCCAUCCUCCAGGCUGGCCUGCCAGCCAAUCAGACGGUGGUGGUGGGCAGCGACGUGGAGUUCCACUGUAAGGUUUACAGCGACGCCCAGCCACACAUCCAGUGGCUCAAACACAUUGAGGUCAACGGCAGCCGCUACGGCGCCGACGGCGCCCCCUACGUGGACAUCCUGAAGACGGCAGGUAUUAACACCACAGAUAAGGAGCUAGAGGUGCUCUCCUUGACCAAUGUGUCUUUUGAGGAUGCGGGCGAGUACACUUGUCUGGCAGGAAACUCUAUCGGCUAUUCUUAUCACUCUGCCUGGCUGACGGUGCUUCCAGCAGUGAGCCCAGAGAAGGAGGAUUACUACGCCGAUAUCCUCAUCUACGUGACGGGCUGCGUGCUCUUCAUCCUCGCCGUGGUCAUCGUCGUCCUUUGUCGUAUGAGGAUGACGACGCAGAAGACGCUGCCCACGCCGCCCGUGCAGAAACUGUCAAAGUUCCCCCUCAAGAGACAGGUAACAGUGUCCUUGGAUUCCAACUCCUCCAUGAACUCCAACACUCCGCUGGUCCGGAUCGCCCGCCUGUCAUCCAGCGACGGCCCGAUGCUCGCCAACGUCUCGGAGCUGGAGCUGCCCUCCGACCCCAAAUGGGAGUUCCCUCGCACACGGCUGACUCUGGGUAAACCUCUGGGCGAGGGCUGUUUCGGUCAGGUGGUGAUGGCCGAGGCCAUCGGCAUCGACAAGGAGAAGCCCAACAAGCCGCUGACUGUUGCUGUGAAAAUGCUGAAAGAUGACGCCACCGAUAAAGAUCUGUCAGACCUGGUGUCAGAGAUGGAGAUGAUGAAGAUGAUUGGGAAACACAAAAACAUCAUCAACCUGCUGGGAGCGUGCACGCAGGACGGUCCUCUGUACGUCCUGGUGGAAUACGCCUCCAAAGGUAACCUGAGGGAGUACCUGCGGGCGCGGCGGCCACCAGGCAUGGACUACUCCUUCGACACCUGCAAAAUCCCCGACGAGCAGCUCACCUUCAAAGACCUGGUGUCAUGUGCCUACCAGGUGGCCCGAGGCAUGGAGUACCUCGCCUCGCAGAAGUGUAUCCACAGAGACCUGGCAGCCAGAAACGUCCUUGUGACAGAGGACAACGUUAUGAAGAUCGCCGACUUCGGUCUCGCCAGAGACGUGCACAAUAUAGACUACUACAAAAAGACCACCAACGGUCGUCUGCCUGUGAAAUGGAUGGCUCCGGAGGCUCUGUUCGACCGGGUCUACACGCACCAGAGCGAUGUGUGGUCCUACGGCGUGUUGCUGUGGGAGAUCUUCACCCUGGGAGGCUCGCCGUACCCGGGGAUCCCUGUAGAGGAACUCUUUAAGCUGCUGAAGGAGGGACAUCGGAUGGACAAACCUGCCAACUGCACCCAUGAGCUGUACAUGAUCAUGAGGGAGUGCUGGCACGCCGUGCCGUCACAGAGGCCGACCUUCAGACAGCUGGUAGAAGAUCACGACCGGGUUUUAUCGAUGACCUCCACUGAUGAGUACCUGGACCUGGCGGUGCCCUUCGAGCAGUACUCGCCCACCUGUCAGGACUCCAACAGCACCUGCUCGUCAGGAGACGACUCGGUGUUCGCCCACGACCCGCUGCCUGACGAGCCCUGUCUUCCCAAACAGCUCCCCAGUAACGGGGUGAUAAGGACAUAAAACCUGAGCUGGGGGGGCGGUCGGACUUUCACCUCUCUCACAGUUUGACAAACACCUCUCAGUGACUCCUCAAGAUAUGGAAAUGAAAACUCAGCAUGCAAUACUUCCACAGUGCUUCAGCGCUUCGAUUCGUCUUAAACUCUUUGACUGAGUUUUCCUCCUCUUCCUCCUCCUCCUCCUCCUCCUCCUCCUCCCCAACAGACUCUUGGAACAUUGAAGGAUUAUUUUUUGCCGUUGAACCAUGUUUGUGUUCCUCUUUUCAGAAAUGAAAUUAUAUUUUUGUACUCGGGCCAGUUUUUGUUACGGACAAUCUGUGGGGUGAAACCAUUCCGUGCCUACUGGGAUGAAAAAAAAAACUCCUGAGACUGAAACACGUGGACAAACAAGAAGUACGAGGAGGGAAUGAAGGGCAUUGGUCAGUGACUCAUUGGCGAUCCAGUAGGCGGGGACCUCAGAAUUUAACCCUCUCGUCUGCACGGAGCCCCGAGGUCGCCGGAAAGGUUUGCGAUCUCAAGGAGAAUCCGUCGACAAGAAACCAGCAAAGCCAGAAUCAACUCGAUGAUGGGACUCGUUCUUCCGAAGACACUCGAUAACUUUUCCUUGACAGGAGACGACAGAAAGGACGACAGCAUUUAAUGUUUUCUCAUGAAGUUGUACGCCAUCGUCCCGUUUUAGCAUCCUGAAAAAACACCUUUGUGAUAAUCAUGGAAAAAAUUCCUCAGCUGACGUGAGGCGACGUGUCAGGGCCAUUCAGUAAUUAGUACAAUAAGGUUUGUUUUUUUAAUGUAUCUAGAAAAUGAUUUAUUGUAAAUAUAUAAAUGCAAAUAUGUAUGAUAUCGCUGUCCACAGCCAUGUACGUAAAGACAAAACUACAUUUUUAAAGUAUUGUUUUAGGAUGGAAGCAUUGCAGUCUAGAAGACACUGUCAUGGAAGUGUAAAACAUGUAAUCAUUUAAAGUGAAAAGGUUUAUUUGAAUAAUUAACGUGUAUAUUUGUAAAGAUAUUUAUAGACUUAACGUGGUUCUUAAGUUGAAAGGUUUAGUUUAGGAUUUUAGUACUGUACGCAAAGAUUUUUAUUUCCUUUUUUUUUGUAACUUAUUUUACAACAGAACUGCGGCGUUAUUUUUCAGACUCCUCUGGUUUUUGAUCCAUCUUUUUGUUUUGUUUACAGUUUUUAAAAGAAUAAGAAUGUAUGACAGACGGGAAGAUGAAUAUAAGAGCGAGUGUGAUUCGACCUCCAGAGGAGGAUUCGGGAACUGAAGGCUCCCGCUGAAGGGACGCUGACGUUUCCGACGAGUUUAAAUUCUGGUUUGAAAAGUUGACGUUUGCGAUAUCGAAGCAACGAUUGACUCUUGCUGGGCAAGAAAAAGCAGCGCCUGGAGGUUUGUACGGAGACGCCGGAGAGUACGACUGAAGUACUUUACGACGUUUUCAAUAUCAACAACAACGAGCUGUGAAUCAUCAGGAGCCUUCAGAGAAAAAUCUUCCUAUUGAUUCGAUCUCACUGUUCAGGGAUAAACUACAUCUCCCAUAAUUCUUUCUUUAAAUCGUGGCAUUCAAAAAAAUGUGAAAGCUCGUGAGAGAACAAGUGUCGGCUAAAAAGUCUCAACAGCGAACAAAAAAGAAAAGUCAGUUUUACAUUGCUGACCCCAAACUCACCCUGUGUUCAGCUGCACUGCAUUCUGGGGCUUUGAGUCCCAGGCUGCUCUCAUGCACUGUUUGUGUGUAUAGAGUAAUGCACCACAAUUUAUAUAUAACCCACGUGAUCGAAGGCUGUGAUCAUGUGACCAGCGCGCUGACGGAAGUAAAAAGUGAAGUACUAAAAAGAGCGACAGUCAGGAGGAAGAUGGGGUCGUGGACUUUCCCGUAGAAACAGGUGUUUGUGUCGCGACUAGAACCAGGUGAACUUUGAGUUAUUUCAGUGAACGUUGUCACCAUGUUUGUUUUUCUGAACCUAGCCUACGUAACUUAACGUUAAGUAUGUAACACAAAGAUUCCAAAACCACGUUUCUGUUCCAAAACUUAUCCUACGUGAUUUAACGAUAAGUACAAAACUACUUUUCCUAAAUCUAAUUUGCGUAACUUUACAAUAGGUACGAAACUUUACGUUACGUAACUUUACGUUAAGUGCAUAACAUGGCAACACCCAAACAUGUUAUGUAUCUAAAGUGACCACAUUUUAUUUCCUAAACUUAACCCACUUAACUUAAGGUUAAGUAUGUAACUUUACUGCAAGUACGAAAUGUAAAGACUCCCAAACUGUGUUUCUUCUCCUAAACCAAACCUGAGUAACUUUAUGAUAAGUACAAAACUCUACAUCAAGUAACUUUACGUUAAGUACAUAACGUGACGACACUCAACCACAUUUCUUUUCCUAAUCUUAACCAACGUAACUUCACGUUAAGUAUGUAACAUUACGUUAAAUAACUUUACGUUAAUUACAUAACGUGACAACACUCAACCACAUUUCUUUUCCUAAACCUAACUGGUAGGCAAAUUUGCGAAUCCUAGGAUAGCGAAAGAAUGGCCGACUUUACUCCACCUCUACUCUGUCUUUGAUUAGCUCACGCUAACCCUUAACCAAUCCAACCAAUGAAGGCAAUGAGUACUAGCUAAUCAGAGGGAGCGUAGGGAGGGUCGGCCUUUAGGAUCCUAUUCGCAAAUUUGCAGCUGGUACGGGCGCUAGUGAAGUUGGUGCUGUUUCAUUAGAUACAAACCUUUGUAUGAGAAAAUACUGUGAGUCCGGUAAAGGUGCAGAAACUGUUCUCUGUUCCUGUUUUACAGUCACGUGUGAUCGUUGAACGUCAGCGGCUUCGGUCUGAAACAAGGUCUCAGUCCUUGAUUCUGAGCCUUGAAACUAAAAUGUGACAUUUAUGGUUCAUAAACAGAAUAAAUCAAACAAAGACAAAAGGAGACUCAGAGGGUUUGUUUGAAGAGUGUUAGAAUAUUUAGGAGGAUUUAUUUCUGAAGGUCGCUCUGAAGGCUUCACACUCUUGUAACAGAAAGGUCACAGGGUCGAUGCUAACAAGCUGCGUGCGGAUGUCAAAGUGCCCUUGAGCAAGACACUCAGCAUCUGUGUGCACACUCACACAGAGAGACAUCAGCUUGAAGGCAGAAAUGUAAAGCUGUUAAUAAGAAAAAGAAAAAGCUGCCCAGACUUUUGAGACUUUAUCGCUGCUCUAUAGUAUUAAUACUGAAAUGAAGGCGUGCUGUGCGACUCACAGGUCUCACGGCCAAACAGAAAUAUAAACCGUAUUUGUGUCGGCCUGUUAAAGGAGACUCUGACGACUGUGCAGGAUCCUUCGCUCCGUCUGUGGGAGCAAAUAAAAAGUGCCAAAUUAGUCUUAAAGUCGAUUUCAGCGAGUUCUGUGAACCAAAUGCUGCACUGUGGAAUGUAGGCGGGCGGAGGUCACGUGUGCAGCGAAGGAUCAUGGGAUUGCCAAAUGGAUAUUUCCCCUGUUUUUUAUGCAGUCGUCUCCAGCUGACCCCAAGAAGCGAGCGGGUUGAAAAUGUUUACAGAGUCUGUUUUUAGCAAAGUCACAAAGGGAAAGGGACGUUCAAGAGAACUGAAGGUUCAGACACAACAUUCACUCGCUGCUAAAUGUUAACAGUGGGAACACUUUGCUACGGAGUUUACUGUCAGUACUUAAACACAUCGCCCCCAAAUAUUUAAAGUACUUAAAGGAGUGAGAACCUGUAUUUAACUGUUUUGCUACACUGGGAGAUUUUGAUGUAAAUGAUGUUUAGUGGUUGGUUUGUGCACAGACACGAGGCCUCUGUGAAGUGAACGCUUUCACCCAGUCGAUGUUUAAAGUUUGGGCCCAGAUCUAUGAAGUGCCUGAAAACAUUCAGCCAACAAACAGCAGAUUGAUUCAUUCUUAUCACGUUUGAAUGUAUAAUUGCAAAAAUAAUAACUGAAUAAAGAAGCAGUUCUCACAGAAGCAGGCGAUGGAAGUAUUAGCCUUUUGUUUUUAAUCUGGAGCGAACGCCAUGAGAAGGCACUUGUGUGUAAAGGUCGGACGGAUCUGAUGAAACGCUGUUUGUUUUAUUUAUUCUUCCAUGCUGGGUAAAAGCUUUCCCUAUGGCGAGAGUAUUUUUAUUCAAAGCUAUCUGCUUUUCACUGUUGUUUCUCAUUAAAGAGCCAGAAGAUGAUGAAGAUGAUGAUGAUGUAGAGUAGUCAUUUUACUGACGCCCCCCAUCAGGCUUUGCUCCUGGCUUCGUUUAUCCUGUAUUUUAUUUUUAUCACACGCCCCCGGCCUUUUCUCUCUGCGUCCCUGUCGAGCUCCGUCUCUCUGUUUAAAGACCAUGUGUUGUUUUGAACAUGUGUGAUGUCGAUGGCGUUCCUGCGUCUGUCACGUGAAGCAGGAGAUCCAUCACAGGAGGAAAAAUGGCAGCCAGUAACUGAACCUAUCGACUUCCCUUCAGGCCUUUUGUUCCAUUUUGGAGCUAAUGAAGCUUCACAUUAAGUAUUCGACCGAUCUGUCACUUCGCUGAUACGUUUCGUUGCUGUUGCAUGAAAAACAUGUUUCUCCAAAAUGUCCAUUUUUCACCAGCUCAGAAAAAACAGCCCUGUUUCAGCUCUCUGACCUGCAGCGUUAGAAAACCCACAUUCUCCAAAGUGUUUCAUUUAAAGUAGUCUGCAUUUCCUCACACAGAGAUUUUCAGCUCAGGAGACCUAUAAACAUACAUUAAAUACACUUAAAUACACUUAAAUACACUCAGCAAUCACGGCAACAGGCGUCCAUAGGGACUAUUCUUAAUUCAUCAGAGGCUUUUUUUAUUUUGACCCUCCCUGAGUGACUGGAGGUAAAUCCAUGACCAUAAGUGAGUUAUUAGAUUUUUGACGUUUGAAAGUUAAAAGUUGAAAAAGUCUCAGUUUUUCACUCUCGUCGUACAAACGGUUUAUUUUUGGCCAAAUUUUAAAUGAGAUGUAAAAUAAAGUGAUUUUGAUGAAAUAUUUAAGCUCAGAUGUGAUUUUUUUUUCUGGUGUCACAAGUUCAAGGCCGUCAGAAAUUUAAAAAUCCAAAGAUAAGUCCUGUUUGGUUCUUCUGAAGUCAUUUUGGCCAUUUUUACAGAAAAUGUAUUUUCUUUAAAAAUAGCUUUUUUUUGUUAAAUGGAAAAAAAUCUUUUUAGAAUAAUUGCUCUUUAAAAAUCACUUUUGAAGUUUUUUUAAAAUUGAAAAAAAAAAUUAAUUGCUGUUAAGAAAUCGCUUUUUAAAAAUCAGAAAAAAAGUUAUCUGACAUGCCUUUAUAUAUUGAUUAUAUAUUAUCUGUCCCUAUAAGAAAUUAAACUGAAGUUUGUUUUCCCAAAGGAGGCUAAAAACAACCCAAAGAGCACCUGAGCAGACGCCAUCUCUUUAUUCAUUAACGCCAUGUGCUCACAGUUUCAGGUGCACUGAGCAUGUGUCUCACCCUCAUAGCUCCCAUCAGGUCGGUCUGGAGUUUCAUUAAAACAGUCUAAAUUCAGCUCCAGGUUUUUUCAUCAUGACAGGAAAUCAAUCAGCUUUGAACACAGCGUCGGCCCUCAGAUGUCACAUGUUUAAAACAACACAUGGUUUUCAGAGUUUUCUUUGGUAUUGACUGAGAGACGAGGUCGCUGUCAGCAGGGAGGGACUCUUACUGUAUGUACAGCCACACGUGGGCCUUUAACUUCCUGUCGUCUCCGCUCUGACGGACUUAUUUAUUCUCUCAAAUAAAAGAGGAUCAGAUUGAAGGUGAAGCUGGGAGGAGACGCACACACUCGUCCCUCCACUCAGAUCCAAACUACACAAUUUAUUUCCACACAGCGCUCGUCUGGUUUCUUUAGCCCUGCAGCUCUAACCCGACAUGUUAGUCCACAUUAAUUUAUAGUUUGAGAUCUGCUUUGUGUUGCUGAUGUACAUGAGUAGAGUUUAUGUAGCUGUGUGAGCUGUUUUAUAAGAAUCUUAGAGAGGAAAUGAUUUUCAUAUUCACUUCAUUUCAUUUUGCAUUCCACGUCAGGUUUUCUUUCUUUUUAAACCGUAUGUAGACAAAAUCAUGUUUGUCCUCUGAUUUAUUUUCCCAGUCCCAUAAUUUAUUUUCCUCCCUCUGUAUUCAUGUCUCUAACAUAGACAGGUGGAACUAACAUUUGGCAUUAUGUGAUUGUUUUUAUUUGUAAUUCAAUGCUUGUUUGUUGCGCUGAUGUUCCUGUUCUGAUCACGAUGAAUCGUCUGUAACAUUCCACCACAUCGUCCCCUCGGGGCCAACAGCUCCCAGCGGGGGAAAGAACUAGAUCACAACUCUCUCUGUGCCUGACUAACUAUGCUGUCAAAAAGGUUUUCAAUAAACAUGUUAUAAUGGCG